AUGGUGAUGACAGCAUGCGGACAGCGGCCAUUGGCGGACGCUCCAGGAGGGUCACGUGUUGUUGGAGGGCGCAAUGCACCUUUGGGUGCAUGGCCUUGGCAGGUCAGCGUGCAGGUGAGGUCCUGGCACCUCUGUGGCGGGACCAUCCUCAACAGCCUCUGGGUGCUCACCCACUGCACUGCUUCACUAUCACCCCAUAGGAGGUCCAGUCUGCGCGUGGUGGCAGGACUCAACGUGCUAACAGAACCAGGGCAGUACUCCCAGCGCCGCUAUGUUGUGGAGAUCAGAACCCAUGAGAAGUUCCACCCCCCCAGCUACUCCAACGACAUAGCUCUUCUGCGUCUCAGCUCUCCACUGGAGAACACUGACUUUGUCCAGCCUGUCUGUACAGUGGAAGACGAGAUGGAGGAGUUCAACUUAAACCUCAACCAGUGUUUCAUCAGUGGUUGGGGCAGCACUUCUUUCAAAGGAAAGCCAAUGGACACACUGCAAGAAGCUGAGGUGGAGCUGUUUGAGCCGAAAACUUGUAACCAGAUCGACUGGUACAACGGUUACAUCAAGAAUGGCAUGAUCUGUGCUGGCUCUGAGACCGGGGGUCGACACAUGUCAGGAGACAGUGGAGGUCCACUCCAGUGCUUCAGUGAGGAUCAGGAAAAAUUCUACAUUGUUGGCGUGACAAGUUUUGGGGAUGCCUGCGGAUUGCCUAAAAGACCCGGAGUGUAUACUAUGGCCAGCAAGUACUCAGCCUGGCUGAAGACAACUCAGUCAAGAUCCCUGUCAGCCGUCUGUCAGCUAGAUAACCGUUUCAUCUUAGUCCUGUCCAGUGUAGUUUCUAGACUUAUCUGA